UGAGAGAGAAAGGAAACAACUUUUAUGGAAAACCGAUUUCCUUGAUUUUUUUAAAAAACUAAUUUUUUUUCCAACAUAGUAUUGCUGAUAUCAGAGGUAGAUUUCCUUUUUCAUUUUCUAUUUUUCUCUUUUCUUUUGUGAGGAAAAAACAAUCAACGCUUAAUUAGAUUAGAAUACUUCUAUUAGAUAGUGGAUAUUCUUUCCACUUUCGUAGAAUGAUACUGUCAAGUGCCAACAGUCAACUACCAACUGCUAAACCCAUAAAUGUUCAGCAGCCUCGUCGUUAAUUAGUCCAUCCGACAGCGGCGGCGGCAACGACUACGGCUCUGGUGAAAUUCGCCGUGACACUCUUCCGUAUUCUCACCAGGGAAGCAUCAACCUAUUCGAUCUUAUCCUGCAACCUUCGUCAAAUCCAAGGUAAUAAGGACUUGUAUUUUCUGGCGGAAAGUGUUGGAACCAUAAAGAACUACUUUCUAAGUUAAGUCCCUUUUUAUGUUUUCUUGGUAAAAACAUUUAUAGUUUCCUCCCAUUCCCAUUCUCUAUUGAUUACCAUGUUGAGUACUUAUUAGUUAUGUAUGAGUUUGUGUUGUAGAUUCUUUGAGAUAUAUAUACAUAUGCAUUGUCAGUGGUGCUGAGUGUUGUAUUCCUCGUAAUUAUGACCAGAAUCUCAGUUAUUAAGUUGAUGCUACCAAAACAACAAGAAUCUAAGCCUACUAUUUGGGCUUAUUCCCAAGGCUAAACCAAUUAAAGGAAGAUCAAGGCCCAGCAGGUUCCUAAGGCCUCCAGGGGCCCAUCUAUGGGGACUUCUUCCAGCUGUCAGUGCCUUCUAGUUGGCUUACAGCUGAGAAUCCCAAAGCACUAUAUAUAAAUACCCAACACCCUCAUCAUUGAGAAGGUAUUGAAUUCUUACCUAACAAACCAGAGCAUCUCUCUCUAGACUUUAUCUCUCUAGCUUGAUCAUUGACUUGAGUGUCGGAGAGGCGAUCCCGGAACCACCUCCGGGGAAGUCUAACCUUAACUUUUUGCAGGAUUCCGGCGUACGGACUAUUGACUCAGGACAUUCAGAUCUGACCCGGUAUUUCCUUGACAAGGCAGUUAGCAUCCUUAAAUUCUAGACAGAAACAGUUUGGCGCCGUCUUUGGGGAUAGUACGAAAAGUUACUUCGCCACCACUUAUUGAGACUUACCUCAGUAGCUACUCAGCUUCGAUCAUCAAUCCUCGAACGCCAGUCAGCAAUGGCACCAACCAAAAACACCCGCGGCAAGCAAGCCUCUGACCAAAUUCCUCGGCCUGAGAGAGGCCACUCACCCCCGCAUAAUAGGGAGGCUGAGCAGGUCCCCUCAUCGGGUCGGCGGUCACUCAUCGUUCAAACUUUAGACCCUCGGUCAGCCUCUCAGCAAAUACAGAAUUUCAACCCUCAACAGCUCUUCGCGGCCGACAUUGCUCUUAUCACUGCCCAACUCCAAGAAACCUUCCAAAAAGGUAUGAUGGACAUGAUGGCCAUGCUUCAGCAGAGGCAACAGCAGCUCAUCCCACUCAAUCAACCUGAGCCCAGAGAGCGCACUGUAGCCCGCUCUCAAAGGGAUGUCCACUCUCGUUCCAAUCGGGAUCAGCAGCCUAGCCGGCCACGAUCCGAUGCGAGAGAACCAAGUCAUCGAGACAAAGAGAAGUCGGCUCGUCAGGGGUCGGCCCGUCAGCACGCAGAGACCCACGUAUCAAAAUCCCCAAGAGGGGGCGCGGGUCGGAAGCCCGAGGAUGCCCGACACUUUCUUAACAAGAAGCGCCUCAGCCAGGGCUACGACGCCCGGGAGCUCCUCAACAAAAAGGCGCAUCAUCGAGAAGGGCAGGGCAACUCGGCCCAUUCUCAACCGCCUAAGAGGACUGGAGGAGGGCUCAAGUUCCUGAUCCCCUUCAGUUAGGAAAUCCUAUGGACCCCAACCCCGGGAAAAAUCAAAACCCCAUUGAUCGAACCAUUCGCGGGCCUAACCGACCUCGAUGAUCAUAUGGCCAGCUACAAAGGUCAGAUGAGCGUUCAGACUAGCUGUGAGGCCACCUGGUGUUGUUUCUUUCCCAUCACCCUCAAAGGCCUUGCCCUCAAUUGGUUCCACGAACUCCCAGCCGGAGUCAUCACGGACGUCGCCAUACUUGAACCCCUCUUCAUCCACCAGUUCGUAGCUGGAAAGAGGCAAAGAAAGACCAGCCUCCACCUCAUGGGGGUGAAGCAGGACAAAAAUGAACCCCUGGCGGACUACAUCAAAAGGUUCAAUGAGGAGUCCCUCAAAAUCACCGACUUGCAAGAUGCGGUGGCUUUUGCUGGCCUCAUGUCCGGGCUCCAACCGGGUCGGCUGAGAUGGUCCUUGGCUGAGAAUGAAGUAAAAAACUUCUCGGAAGCCAUGACUAGAACCCAAAGAUUCAUCCAGACAACGGAUAUCUGUCGGCAUUCGGAUGAAGGAGGCAAGAAAAGGAAAGACGAGGGGAACCACAAGGAUCAACCUAAAUAUCAAAGAACGGGAGGUCGAGGGGAUCGGCUUACCGACAACGGCAAUGAUAUUCUCGGUUCAACAAGAAUCGGAAAGAAAUCUACUUCGACAUCAGGAACAAAGCUUGGCUUCCUAAGCCAUCACCCAUUCGGACAUCGUCCUCUCGGAGGGACAAGAGCCUCUGGUGUGAUUACCACAAAGAAUGUGGGCACACCAUCAAAGACUGCAGGGAACUCAAAAAAUCCCUGAACGGUUUAGCCGACCAGGGAAAGCUAAAUCGCUACCUAAAGCACACAUGCGAGGAAAAGGGGAAGCAAAAGGUGGGUCAGUCGAACAACGGAGAUACCGAAGGUUUCAUCGGUGUCAUCGCUGGAGGAUUCGCGUCGGGAGGCCUAACCGGCCGAGUGCACAAAGCCCACCUCCAAAAUCUCAAGCAUCAAGUGCUUGACGUCCAGCUGCCCCGAACUAGCUGCCCAGUCAUGACCUUUGGGGAACCCAGUCGGACGUUGCAUACUCCACACGACGACCCUCUGGUCAUCGAACUCAAGGUAGCAAACACAAGGGUAAAGAGAGUGUUGGUUGAUAGUGGGUCGUCCGCUGACAUCAUUACCCUUGAUUGCCUCAAGAAGCUGAAGUACAACGAGCGGGAUGUUACCCCCCUGAAUCAGCUGCUCAUAGGCUUCGAGGGCAACUCCGUUCACCCGGUCGGUUCAAUAAAGCUACCCACUCGGAUGGGUGAAAAAGGUAAGGGGAGAAGCCUACCAAUCGACUUCUUGGUGGUGGACAUCCCUUCGCCAUAUAACAUAAUAAUUUCGCAAAGCUUGUAAGGGGAGAUCCCCCAUUCCUGGCGUGGGGCUAAUUGUUUGGGCUUAUUCCCAAGGCUAAACUAAUUAAAGGAAGAUCAAGGCCCAGCAGGUUCCUAAGGCCUCCAGGAGGCCAUCUAUGGGGACUUCUUCCAGCUGUCAGUGCCUUCCAGUUGGCUUACAGCUGGGAAUCCCAAAGCACUAUAAAUACCCAGCACCCUCAUCAAUGAGAAGGUAUUGAAUUCUUACCUAAUGAAACCAGAGCAUCUCUCUCUAGACUUUAUCUCUCUAGCUUGAUCACUGACUUGAGCGUCGGAGAGGCGAUCCCGGAACCACCUCCGGAGCAGUCUAACCUUUCCUUUUGCAGGAUUUCGGCGUACGGACUAUUGACUCAGGACAUUCAGAUCUGACGCGGUAUUUCCUUGACAGGACAAUUAGCAUCCUUAAUUUCUAGACAGAAACACCUACUAACAUGAAUUCUAACAAGACUAAAACAACUACUUUUAUCCUAACGUGGUAGAAGAGACGUCAAUUACCUCGAAUUUAGGUGGAAAAUAAUGCUAGAAUGGCAAGGAAAGAAGAGAAUAACAUUGCUCCCAAAAACACCAAACCGGAUGACUCGUCUGAUUGAAAUGGAAACCGCGGUCACAUCUUUCACUUUCUUGAAAAAGAAAUCACACUACAAGUAAUAUCUUCUCGAGUUGAUGAAUUUUUACUACUCUCACGUCUAAUUUCGAUAAGAGACGAAAGAAAUAUGGGGCUAACAAGAUGGGUGUGCAGAAAUGGCCGAAUAUGCGAGAAUGAAGACGGAAUCUUGCUCUUUCUUUCUAAGGCUGGCGUGAAGGGAGGUUUUUGAGUGCAGAAAAAUAAUGUGAUUAUUCAUAUCAUUAAGAAAAGGUUUAAUUGCAUUAAGAUGGGUUAAUGGAAGGAUCGCUCUUUACCUUUUGGUGGUUACAACGAAGGUUAGAAGAUGCUAAUAAUAUGCUUGAUACUAUUCUACAUUCCGGAUAACAUAAGAAGAAAAUGAGCUUGCACAGAGCCGUUACACUGGUCGGUCCAAAAUAUAAGUAACGGUUAAAAUAAAAUCACAUGGUACUCAAAUUUAUAGAAUUACUAACUAUAUGAUAAAAUAAAUACGCACAUUAUAUAUAAAAUUAAUGAAUUUAUUACUAAAUAAAUAUAUAUACACUUUAAAUUAAUAAUGACAACAUAAUACAUGAAUUAAUAAUUAUACACUUUCAAAAUAGUUUUUAAUUAUAAGUUAUUUUAUUUUAACGGAAAAUAUCAUUUUAAUGUAAAUAACACCAAAAAUAAAGAGUGAAAAUUACGGAGUAUUAUACCAUGAGCCUUGAUUGAAAUGUAGUUGAUUUGAUCUUGAGCAUUGAGAGUUUUCACUAGGGAUUCUUCUUUGAGAAGUUGAGUUAGGAUAAGUCAGAUAUCGCACAGACCAUGGAAUUGUCAAAGUCCUUCAGGGACAAGGAGAGCUUGGAUUGAAAAAUUGAUAUGUUACAUUUAUAUAUAGUUUUUACAUGCAUUUUGAUUGCAUUUAGAACUCCUUUUAGAGCAUUUAGGUGCAUAAUGACAUGAAUUACAUAUGUUGUGCUCUACUACUCCCCGUUUGCGUGUUUUGAUGAUUUUGAGGUUACUUUGAUGCAAAUUGAUUAUGAUUAUAUAAGGUCAAGCCUAUUAAUAAUUGAAGAUGAAGAUAUAUUGCACAAGGAUCACAAUGCAUCCGUUUGGGACAAUUUUGAGUUGGAAUGAAGCAAAGAGUUAGUGAAAUAAGUGUCAAAACUCAGACCUGUUCACUAUUUUGACCAUAAUGUUUGAUAGAAAUUUGAUAAUUAAAAAAUCCUAGUUGGGUUAGAAACUAGACUUUAAUGGCUUGCCAAUGAUAGGUCACACACCCCAAUCCGACUUCUGAUUUGAGAGAUACAACCUUCGCAAGUUGGCGCAAAAUUGCAGUUUUCUCGCCCGGUCGACCGGGCGGUUUUGCGCGACCGGGCGAAAUUAAAUUUUCCCCAGGAUGCAAGGCAUAUUAGCCCGGUUAACCGGGCGACAAAGGAGCCAAAAUCGCUUACGCGCCCGACCGGGCGGAUUUGCUGAUUCGUCGUAACUUGUCAAUCACCGUCGCCCGACCGGGCGGUUUCUCGAGACAGGUUUUUUCGCCUUUUUUAGCCAGUUUUGUAAAAAGUAUAAGUAGGUUUUUAGUAGUUUUGAUUAGACCAUCUUACUUUCUACGUUUUCAGGGCCAAACAAUUAGUUUUUCUCUCUUUAGUUUUGUAUGAACUUUUACAUUUAAAGAUUAUAGAGAUCGUUGAUUUCCUUUUCAUUGUUCUUCAAUCAUUCGGUAUUCCUCUUUACUUUCUUUAAUUUAAUGAAUUCUUUUACUUAGAUCAUGUUUAUUGAGUUUAUUAUUAUCAUGAGUGAGUAGUAUAUUUCCAGGGCUUAGAUCCUGAUCCUGAUCUUGAGAAAACACAAAAGAAGAAAAGGCAGUCUAGGGAAAAACCACGGAAGAACCAACAGAACCAAUCAUGCCUCCUAAGUCAUUAAAGUCGUAUGGGGUACCUUCUGCUGGUAAUGUUCCCACAUGCCCUACUAUGCCUGAUAUACAGGCAACCAACUUCGAAAUCAAGCCUGCUCUCAUUAAUAUGAUCCAACAGAAUCAGUUUGUUGGCAUCCAUCUGAAGACCCUGCAAAUCAUUUACAACGGUUUCAUUAAAUCUGUCGUAUCGUUAAGCAUCAAGGGGUCACUCCUGAUCAGUUAAAGGUCAUGGUCUUCGAAUUUUCAUUAAAGGAUAAGGCACAAAAAUGGCUGAACGAUGGUAAUGAAACUGAUUGGAGUGUUAUAUCAGAAGCAUUCUUGAAAGAGUACUACCCUCCUACCAAGACUGCAGAAAUAAGACAUAAGCUUGCUACCUUCCAACAAGAACCCGAUGAAACACUGAAGGAAGCAUGGAAUAGGUUCAAGGACCUACAGAGAAAAUGCCCACACCACAACCUUGACAAGUGGUUCAUCACCCAAGCAUUCUACAAUGGUCUACAACCCCAUAUCAAGAGUACAAUUGAUUCAUCUGCAGGGGGUGUCUUCCUAUAUAAGGAGGUGGAUAAAGGGUAUAAUUUUCUGGCUAACUUAGCAGCGAAUGAUCAUAACUCUUCCAGGACUAUUUCAAAGGAAAAGUUGGAUGAUGAUGCAUAUGCCUUGUUGUCUUCACAAGUAGCCCAGUUGAGCAUGAAGAUGGACUCACUGAAAUCUUUGCAGUCUAGUACUCCUCCUAUGAGUAUUAAUGUGAUGUCUUCCAUGGCUCAUAUUACUUCUUCCUUUUGUGAGAUGUGUGGUGUUCAAGGCCACUUUUUGGUCAUGACUGUUGUUACAAUCACCGUGAUCCGAAUCAGAUGGAGCUUGCAAAUCCUUUUCAGUAGAGACCUCCACACAACCCAUACUCUAACACUUACAACCCAUGUUGGAGAGAUCAUCCUAAUUUUUCCUACAAGAACAACAAUCUUCACAAUCCUCAACCUCCACCAUAAUCUUCCUACCAACCACCUCACCAAAACCCGCCACAACAUGCUACUAAACAACUGUUUUAUGAAGGGGCUCCUCAGAACCCCCCUCCUGGUUUCAUUAGGCCUUCACACCAAGGUUACCAGCAACAAGCUUCUCAAAAUGCCAGCUCUCAAGAACCCACUAUGUCUAAUCUAGUGAAAAUGAUGGUUUCUAUGCAGAAAAAUCAUGAGGAGAGCAUCAAGGAGUUGAAGAACACUACCAAACACUUGGAUACUCAACUGCUUAGGUUGCUGAAAAUAAUGCACAGAGGCAACCAGGUUAUCUACCGGGGCAACCAUCCCCAAGGAGACUGCCAAUGCCAUUACACUUCGUAGUGGCACUGCUUAUGAUGCUCCUCAUAUGCCCAUUGAUGAUGAUGCUUCUUGCAAGGAGAAUGAGGUGAUAAAGGAAGAAGCGGAGAAGAGUUGAUGUAUGAGGUCGAACUAGCUAAGGAAGGUCGGACAAGAAAGCAGAAGGAAAAGGUUUCUGAAACGCCUAUUUCACCAAGGCUACUUUUUCCCCAUAGGAUGCAGAAGUCGAAGGUCGAUCAAGAACUUGGUAAGUUCUUGACUAUGGUUAAGAACCUUGAGGUAACAAUUCCUUUUAUUGAACUUAUUUCUCAAGUGCCUAUUUAUGCUAUGUUUUUGAAAGACAUGAUUACUAAAAAGCAAGGAUUUGGUGGGGUAGAUCGAGUCGCUCUAACUGAAGAGUGUAGUGCUGUUUUACAAAAUAGAACCCCACCUAAGUUGAAGGAUCCUGGUAGUUUUUCCAUCCCUUCCCACCUAAGAAAUUGAAUAUGGGAGCACUUAAGUGCACUCAAGUUACUUUACGAAUGGGCGAUCGUUCUAUAAAAUACCAUCUAGGUGUUUUAGAAGACGUCCCUGUUAGGGUGGGAAAGUUUUAUAUUCCUGUUGAUUUUGUUGUGCUUGAUAUGGAUGAGGAUGCCCAAAUUCCUAUUAUUCUUGGUAGGCCGUUUUUGUGUACUGCUUGUGCUGUUAUAGAUGUCAAGUCUGGGUCUUUCACUUUGAGUGUUGGUGAUGAUAAUGUCACUUUUAAACUAACCAAUGUUGUUAAGUCUCCUAUACUUGAGCAAACUUGCUGCAGGAGGAAAAUGUUUGAUGAGGGGGGCACUCAUUGCCAAGCCCCUCUGAUUUGAGAUUGAGGAGGUAAUAUGGUCGUGCGGACCUUUAUAAACCAGCACUAAGCGGGAGGCAACCCAUAGUUUUUUUUUUUCUUAUAUCUCUUUUUAAUUUUUUUCAUUUUUUCCCUUUUAAAGAGUGAGAGAGCGAGAGCAUACUAACAUUAAUUUUUCCUCUGAGGAUCUUCCUAUAGUUCAUCUUGCGGCACUGAGGACAUUGCCACGUUCAGCUUGGGGGAGGAUAUUUGUAUGUAUUUUCUCUCUCUUUUACUACCUUUUAGUGUAGAUUUUUUGCUUUCUUAGGCCAGAUUUAUUUGCUUUCAAACAAAAAAAAAACAUAACAAAUAUUGCUGAAAAAAAUAUUAAAAAUACGAUUUGACUAGAUUGGUUUGAUUGCUUCCCUUUAUCCCAUGAUGCUCUUUGAAAGUGUAUUUAGGCUCUUUAUCUGGAUAGUUGGGCACUUGAGAUUGUGAUGGUGGAAUCUGAACUAUAAAUACUUCGAACUUAAGUGAGUUUCGAUGAUAACACGCUUAUCUUGACUGCAUACUUGAAUUGGUGAGACUAUGAGGAUUCAUUCUUGUCAAUGAAUUUAUUUUUAUAUCCAUUCUGUUUCUUGUGUGUUAGUUCCUCAUUAGCUGACUGAUCUUGACUUUGACAACGUACUUAUGGAUACCUGAUGACUUGUGGCAGUUGCUAUGAUAUAGGCGUCCUUUUGUCUGAUUCUUGAGCCUCAAAGUGAUUUUUUUGAUAUACUAUUAUAUCCUCCUUAGCCCCGCUGAGCCUAAUGACUAUUUCAUGUUACUAAACCUCAUUACACGCCCAUGGCCCUUAUUUUGAUAUUUAUCCCAAGCCUAGCUUGGGGGAGCAUCAGUUUAAGCUAGUAUUUGAAAUAGUUUUUAUGAGUUACUUGAUGGUGAUGAUUGUAUUUUGUAAGGUUCAAAGUUGGAGAAAAAGAAAAGAAUAAGCAAAGUGAAACACAUGUGAUUGUUGAAUCGAAAAGAUGCAAAGAAAAAGAAAGAUUGAAAAAAUGAACAAAAAGUUAAAAAUUCUUUCCUUCACAAGGGCUUGCAAAGAAAAAAUUCAUCACACUGCUUCAAGGAUGGGUUUAUUGAAAAUUUUGUUGAUUCAUAGAGUUGGGACAUUGUUAUUCGCUGUGUUUUAGUUGAUGCUUCUAGUGACUUUUGCUCCCCCACUCUAGGUUUUUCCACCACAUUUCGUAUACAUAUUCCCUACCCUUACCUAAGCCCCAUUAAAACCCUGAAAAAGUCCUCUUGAGCUUUGUUUUACAUUGUUUAUUGGAUUGAUGUAGAGUCAUUUUGUCAAGGUUAAAGAGCACGUUCGCUACUUGAGUCGGCAUGAUUAGGAUGAGUGGCAUUAUUACCUUUCUAAACACAUGAGAGUGUGAGUGGGAAGGGUUGUUAUGGUUGGGAUGGUGAGUGAUCGGUCACGUCUUUUACCUGCCACAAAAACGUUGAGAGGAGUGACACCCUAGUGAGUGCCUUUUCGAGAUUUGCAUGUCAUAUAAGGCAGCCGCAUUUGAUUGCUUAUUUUAGCGAUUGGUGAAUACAGUAAUAUGAACAGUUGAACUUGAAUUGUGCCUGAUUGAAUGAUUUAUAGCUUUAUAAAAGAUUUUGAUCUCUGUUUUCAUAUAUAAAGGGGUGAAGCAAUCAUAUUAAUGUUCAUGUCUUGUUUGCUUAAGGACAAGCAAAGGUUUAACUUGGGGAAGUUUGAUAUGACACAUUUAUAUAUAGUUUUUAGAUGCAUUUUGAUUGCAUUUAGAACUCCUUUUAGAGCAUUUAGGAGCAUAAUGACAUGAAUUGUGUAUGUUGUGCUCUACUACUCCACGUUUGCGUGUUUUGAUGAUUUUCAGGUCACUUUGAUGCAAAUUGAUUAUGAUUAUCUAAGGUCAAGCCUAUCAAUCAUUGAAGAUGAAGAUAUCUUGCACCAGGAUCACAAUGCAUCCGUUUGGGACAAUUUUGAGUUAGAAUGAAGCAAAUAAUUAGUGAAAGAAGUAUCAAAACUGACACCUGUUCACUUUUUUGCCCCUAGCUUUUGAUAAAAAAAUUGAUAAUUAAGAAAUUACAUUUGGGUUAGAAACUAGACUUCAAGGGCUUUCCAAUGAUAGGUCAUACGCCCCAAUCCGACUUCUGAUUUGAGAGAUACAGCCUUCACAAGUUGACGCAACAUCGCAGUUUUCUCGCCCGGUCGACCGGGCGGUUUCACGCGACCAGGCGAAAUUAAAUUUUCACCAGGAUGCAAGGCAUAUUAGCCCGGUCAACCGGGCAAGAAAGAAGCCAAAAUCGCUUACGCGCCCGACCGGGCGGAUUUGCUUAUUCGUCGUAACUUGUCAAUCACCGUCGCCCGACCGGGAGGAUUUCGCCCAGUCGACUAGGCGGUUUCUCGGGACGGAUUUUUUCGCCUUUUUUAGCCGGUUUUGUAGAAAAUAUAAAUAGGUGUUUAGUAUUUUCGAUUAGACUAUCUUAUUUUCUACGUUUUUAGGGCCAAACACUUAGUUUUUCUCACUCUAGUUUUGUAUGAUCUUUUACAUUUGAAGAUUAUAGAGAUCGUUGAUUUCCUUUUUA